CUUUGUUGGAAGGCAAGCUAUCUUCGAAGCUGCCAAAGAAAUUGGCUCGGAAUAGGAUUUACUAAUAUCCGUCCCGAACACCAAAACAGACAUAACCAUGGGAAAGGCACCUAGCGAUCUCCUUUCAUUAUUGCACAUAUUGAAUGACCUCAGUACACCUCUACUACCCUCCAUUAUCUUGCAAUUUCGGGCUAUCAUCUAAUCACUAACAUCUGCUUGUGCUAUCGAACGUUGUUCAAUACGAGCUGAAAAUUGUCGGUACGCCUGCCAAACUGGUUUGACAUCAACACUCCUUCACACGCGUCUUGCAGAUUCCAUGGCCAGCAACGAUAUUCCAGAUUAUAAGAAACUCUUUCUGGAGGCGGAAAGGCAACGGAAACAAGCAGAGGAGGAACGAACGCAUGAAGCAGAACUAAGGAGACAAGAAGAGGAGCUACGGAAACAAGCAGAGGAGGAACGAACGCAAGCAGAGGAGGAACGAACGCAUGAAGCAGAACUAAGGAGACAAGAAGAGGAGCUACGGAAACAAGCAGAGGAGGAACGAACGCAUGAAGCAGAACUAAGGAGACAGGCAGAGGAACAAAAUCGACCAACAACCUUUAACGAGCUCAUUCGAUAUGGUCACAAUAUCGUCGCUAGAUCAUUGAGAGUCGCAAACCAAUCUCGCUGCACUUCAGGGAAAAUCUCAGCACCAAUCGGGAAAAAGUGCCCAGUAAAACUGCGCCCAUGGACGGAAUGUCAAACCCAGCAGGAGGACAUUUAUCACUCUGUUUGCAACCAUCUUGGAUCGACUGGGGAUACAGCACGUCGGGCUUUCCCACCCCUCGUUGCGCUGGAGUAUGAGGGACAAAAUGUCAAAGAGAGACCGAUAAGCAGCGAACGGGACCUUGAGGGCUAUGAGCGAUCUGCUGUUGAAAAUUAUGUACAGAACAUAAUUGCAGAGCUUUGCAAGAUACCUACCGCUCGAGAUGAAUUCCAUUUGGGUGAUGGAGUCCAGUUCAACAGCCAUGCCAAUAGCCUUGAUUUACAGACAAACCAACCAUCAAGAUCCGAGUCUUCCGGGCCUGAUCAGUAUUGCAUACACCGCAUUGACGACGGUACUAGCACACUUCUUACCACAGUUGAGUACAAGCCUCCCCACAAGCUACCGGUUGAGAGCCUUCACAACGGUCUUAAAUCCAUGGACUUCUGGGAACAGGUGGUCAAGGCUCACAGUGUCCCUAAUACCGAGGACGAGAAAGCUGAAAGGAUCAUUGGAUCGGUGAUUGCCCAAGAGUAUCAUGUGAUGAUCCAGGAAGGACUUGAAUAUUCAUAUGUGACCAAUGGGCUUGCAUUAGUCCUUCUGCGAGUCCCCUAUGAAGAACCAGGCACCCUGUGUUACCAUCUGUGUGAACCGAACGAGGAAGUGAACUCAGAAGAUGAACAAAGUUUUCUGCAGCCAACAACGGCCAUCGCCCGGGUAUUGUGUCUAUGUCUGAUGAGUUUUCAUUCACGUCUCCGCGAUCAACAGUGGCGAAAUGAAGCGCAGGCACAGCUCCCUAUCUGGAAGUCUAGCUUUGACAGCACUCGGUCUCCAGUCUCUGAAUCUGAAUCGCCACAAAGUACCCCGAAUUCAAAGCACACUUAUUCUAGCCCCAAGUCCACCAUAUCUGAGUUUCCGCCGCCGUCAUCAUCCUCAGCAGAAUCCUCUACCGCUGAGGGACGCCGAGCGCCAACCCGGUCUCAGCCUGGCUGCUCACCUUUUACCGCAACACACUAUGAUGAUUCCUCAGAUCCUGAUUCGGAUUUUGAAGCUUCAGGUCAACGAAAACGCGGUUUUAGCGAGGUUAGUUCAUCUCCGCCAGUUCAACGAGUGGUGCGCCAGGCGACUUCAUCACAGAUUUCAGACAGCCGACAUGGGCAGCAUAAUGCACGCUUUUGUACACAACGGUGUCUACAUGGCCUGCAGCAGGGUGGUCUGCUCGAUGAUGCCUGCCCGAAUGUGAUGCUCCAUAAACAGGGCGGAGACAGUAGGCGACACGCCAUUGAUCCCACAACUUUGGUGCAACUGGUGAAGCGACAGCUGGAUGACAAUAUCGACCGGAACUGUACGCCAAUGGGAGGCUGUGGAGCAUCAGGAGCGCCGUUCAAGGUCACCUGUGCUGCAUAUGGGUACACUGUUGUUGGAAAAGGCACGACCUCCUGCCUGUGGCGGGAGCUCUUGCGCGAAGCUGAGGUAUAUCGUUUCCUGCAGCAGGCUCAGGGUUCUGCAGUUCCUGUUUUCCUAGGAGCAAUUGACCUGGAGAAGACCUACUUCCUCCAUGGGGCUGGGGCAAUUCGGCAUAUGCUACUUAUGGGGUGGGGUGGGAAGCCUAUCAGCAGUAUCGAGAAUAUGCCUUCUUGUCCAGAAUUCAAUAAGGAAGAGUUGAAUCGUGAAAUCUCGAAAUCUGUAAAGAAGAUCCGCUCUCUCGGAGUUUUGCAUGAGGACCUUCGACCGGAUAAUAUUCUAUGGAACGCUGAGCUGCGGCGGGUCCUGAUUAUUGAUUUUCAUUGGGCUAGAUUGGACCGUCGACCGAAGAGAAAGCGGAUGGUUUCAUGCGGGGCAGAAGCACAUCGGCCAAAACAACUUCGUACUAUUUACUAAUGAUAACUGUACAUUAUUAGGGCAUUCAUUUGAAAAGAUCUGUUCCUGGGGUGUUUUGAACCGGAGUUUUUUGCCAUGGGAUUUAUUAUUUUUCUUACGAUGACUGGCGCCUUGGAACGCAAGUUGAUGAAGGCUGUAAUCUAAUCUAG